UAAGAGCCACCACGCCCAAGCAAUUGUCAGUGUAUUUCUGGUGUUUCACAGGAAGUAUUGCCGCUGUUUGCGCGCAUGUGGACCACGUUGUGGCCAUCUUUUUACAAUGACGGACGAAUGUUCCAUUGAAAUUCACGCUGCACCCUCAAAGGACGAAGCGUUGGUUACUGCUCAACGUAAUGCAGAAAUGGCUGAAUUAACCCAAACUGCGGUGCCGAAGCAGAAGCGCAAACCCACGUCCUCACGCAAGCGCAAGGUAACUGAGCAUGAACCUGAUUUGCGCGACAUGAUGCACAAUUUGCAGCACACCGUAGCGAGCCUCACCGAAGCUUUUGCCCGACGAGGUGCGUCUGCUUUGCAUGGCCAUCCUAGUGCCAACAACCUCGGCGGUGACAUCCCGAGCACAGCGGCCCUACUACCGGCUCAGCCUGCGCCUGAAAAUGUUAAGCAACCCGGGGCCGAUACAGUCGCACCCAAAAGGGCCGAUUACUACUCUGGUGACGAGGUUUGAUAACCUUUUGAAUCUAAAUGCAGCCUAAACGGAGGGCACUAACGUUGAGGAUGAUGAACUCCUCUCUGAAAUGGCUGCACUCGUUGACAGUGACACUAAAGAGGGCCCUCUUAUCAAUAAACAGUUAGCUAAAACGAUCAACUCUUUGGCAUGGGGGAAAAUACAGCCAGAGAAACUAACUGAAAAACUUCAGUUGUAUGAUCGGCCAAAAAACUGCGAGAACCUUGCUUUGACCAAGGUGAAUCCGGAAAUUUGGGCCUUUCUAAAGCCCGCCACGAGAACGAGGGAUGUGAAAUUCCAAAAUAUACAACAGACUCUCGUGUGUGCGUCAAUCGCGAUUUCUAAGACGGCCAACCACCUGCUGCAGGUGCGAAACGGUCUAAUUGACGCGGUGGCUAUAAUGGGUCAUGGUACGGCGCUUCUCAUUUCGCGCAGACGUGACUUUAUUAGACGACCCGCCCGUUACGCACCGCUGUGCUCUUCCCAGGUACCGGUUACUGACUUCCUGUUUGGCAAUGAUCUAGUCCAGUCGUGCAAAGCAAUACAAGAAACGAAUAAGAUCAGUUCCCGGGUUUACGAUGCCGAAUUAGCUGGUGGUCGUAGACUAGGUGGACGUGGCGGUUCAAGUCGGCCAUCAACCGACCACCGCUACCGUGGUCGUCAGCAACGACAGCCUUACUACAGGAGAGGCAAUCUUAGUGCCAAUUUUGGGUAAAAGAGACAAUUUUGGGUACCAGAGACGAGUGUGUCAGGAUAUCGGUGUGCACCAUGACAAGUUUACAGCAAUGGCAGUUGCCGACACACAGAACGCCGUUGCAAAAGGGAGUAAGUUCGCUACCUAAAAUGUAAUGCAGAUUGCAGGUAGACUGCGCCAUUUUGUUUCUAACUGGAAAGCCAUUACUUCGGACGCAUGGGUGCUGAACACCGUAUCUCAUUGUCAUAUUGAAUUUACCGAGACCCCCUAUCGGCCCUGCCCUCCUAAACCUGUUGAAUUUUCCGAAUCCAUGUCCAGCAUGGUAAAUGAGGAAAUCAGAGCGCUAUGUGACAAAGACGCAAUUAUUCUGUAUUCUCCCUGUAAGGGCCGAUUCGUAUCCACCCUUUUUCUUAGACCAAAGAAAGAUGGGUCCAUGCGUACAAUCAUUAACCUGAAAGGCCUCGAUGAAUUCAUUGCAUACCAUCAUUUCAAGAUGGAAACCUUUGAGUAUGCCCCGACACUCGUUCGCCCGGAUUGUUACCCGGCAUCCUUGGACCUUAAGAACCCAUUGGGAACAUCAAAUGUACUUGAGAUUCCAAUGGCGAAACAAAUUGAUGCAGUUUACCUGCUUAUGUUUUGGGCUCACAAGUUCCCCUCGUAUUUUUACAAAGGUCAGGAAACCUGCAGUUGCCACACUCGGCAAUUUAAGCCAUGUCUCUGCCAACUACAUUGACCAUUCACUACUCAUUGGCGACACUAAAGGUAAAUGCGAACAGAAUAUGCUCGCCCGAAGUCGCCUAAUGUCUUCUCUAGGGUUUGCUAUCAAUGAGAAGAAAUCUUGCCUCAACCCUACACAUGAAGUGCAGUUCGUAGUGUUCAUCAUAAAUUCAACUCAUGUGACUGUUCGUCUUCCUACAAGGAAGAUUGAGCCAAGUGUAACUUUGUGCCGCUCCUUAGCCGGCCUAACACAACCGACUGUUCAUUUUGUGGCUCAUCACGUCAUUGGGAAGUUGGUUUCUUGCUUUCCAGCAGUACCCCUAGGUCCACUUUUUACAGGGAUCUGGAAAUUUGCAAAGAUGCAGCACUCAAAGCAAAUGGGGGCAAUUUUCAA